AUGAGAGGGGAUAACGGUCAUUGACAUACAUAACUGAACAAAGACUCAUCCCUCUCUCUCUGUCUCUUAUGAUAUAUCACAUUUACAAAGCUGAUUUUGAUUUUGAACCAUGUCUUUCUCGCUUUCUUUCUCUUCGCUUUCAACUCCUCUGCUCAAGCCCACUUUUCUAUCUCCAACCCCGUUAUUAUCACCACCAUCUCGUUCUCUCUCCAUUAAAUCCUCCAUUGACAAGGACCCAGAUUCCAAGUUCUCUUCUACUAACAAUACCACCAACUCUAAAUCGUGGGUCAGCCCCGACUGGCUCACUUCACUCACUCGCUCCCUCACCAUUGGCAAGGGCGACGACUCCGGUAUCCCCAUAGCCAGUGCUAAGCUUGAUGAUGUUUCUGAUCUUCUGGGUGGUGCUUUGUUCCUUCCGCUUUUCAAGUGGAUGAAUGAGUAUGGGCCCAUUUACAGGCUCGCCGCGGGGCCUAGGAAUUUUGUCGUGGUCAGUGACCCCGCCAUUGCUAAGCAUGUUCUUAGAAAUUAUGGCAAGUAUGCCAAGGGUCUUGUAGCUGAGGUCUCGGAGUUUCUUUUCGGGUCUGGUUUUGCAAUUGCCGAAGGCCCACUUUGGACGGCAAGGCGCAGGGCUGUGGUUCCUUCACUUCACAAGAAAUACUUAUCCCUGAUUGUUGACCGAGUGUUUUGUAAGUGUGCGGAAAGGUUGGUGGAGAAGCUUAAAACUAAUGCACUAAAUGGCACUGCAGUGAACAUGGAGGAGAAUUUUUCUCAGUUGACACUUGAUGUUAUCGGUUUAUCUAUAUUCAACUACAAUUUCGAUUCACUAAAUGCUAAUAGCCCAGUUAUUGAGGCAGUUUACACUGCAUUGAAAGAGGCAGAGGCUCGUUCCACAGAUUUGUUGCCAUAUUGGAAGGUUAAAGCUUUGUGUAAAAUAAUCCCAAGGCAAAUAAAAGCUGAAAAUGCAGUUACGGUUAUCAGGGAAACUGUUGAAGAACUUAUUGCUAAGUGUAAAGAGAUAGUGGAAGCUGAAGGUGAAAGAAUAGACGACGAAGAGUACAUAAAUGAUGCUGAUCCCAGCAUUCUUCGUUUCUUGCUUGCUAGUAGAGAAGAGGUUUCAAGUGUACAGUUGCGGGAUGACCUUUUAUCUAUGUUAGUUGCUGGCCAUGAAACAACUGCCUCCGUCUUGACUUGGACAAUGUAUCUUCUAAGUAAGGACUCCAGUUCAUUGAUGAAAGCACAAGAAGAAGUUGAUCAAAUUUUACAAGGAAGACCUCCUUCCUAUGAAGAUGUGAAGGACCUAAAGUUCUUGACGCGUUGCAUACUUGAGUCUAUGCGUCUCUAUCCACAUCCUCCUGUGUUGAUCAGAAGAGCCCAAGUCCCUGAUCUACUUCCUGGAAAUUACAAGGUCAAUGCUGGUCAAGAUAUAAUGAUAUCAGUAUACAAUAUUCAUCAUUCUUCAAAGGUAUGGGAGAGAGCAGAAGAGUUUGUACCAGAAAGAUUCGACGUUGAUGGUCCCAUGCCAAAUGAAUCUAACACAGAUUUCAGGUUCAUUCCAUUCAGCGGAGGACCUCGCAAAUGUGUUGGCGAUCAGUUUGCCAUGUUGGAGUCUAUUGUUUCUCUAGCAAUCUUUCUGCAAAACUUCAACUUUGAGUUGGUUCCGGAUCAGAUUAUUGGCAUGACUACUGGAGCUACAAUACACACAACCAAUGGUCUGUACAUGAAACUUAGCUCGAGGGAAAGGGAAGCCGCGGUGACUUCUUCCUCUCCAUCUAGAUGAGAUGUAACAGUUGGUAUGUCACAAGUUAUUCUUCUCCAAAACUGAUGUGAAGAACUGAAAAGAGAAUCGUUUGUAUUGUGUCUAACAGCAUAGGAAAAUGAUUUUAUGCAUCAUGGUUGUAAAAUUCUUCUCCCAUAAGACCAUUUUUUAAUAGAUAGUGUAAAUUUUGUACUAAAUUUGGGUCAAAAAAUAAGUCAUGACAAUUUUAUAAUUGUACUUCAAUAUUAAAUUAAAUUUAUUUUAAUAAAAUGUGUAAAAAAAUCAAUAAAAAUAAUAAA